AUGAACAAAAUGGAUCCUCCUUACACCAACGGUUUCAAAUUCAACCAUAUUCCCAAUUCAAUCGAUUCAGACGAUCACACUUUUGGAUUUAUAGAUGAUCUUUUUCUUCUUCCACCACCUGAUCCAAACAACACUUCAAUCUCCACCAUAACUAACGCGGAAGAAGAUUCACCUUUGGAUGAGACUGAUUUCUCUGCUACUGUUCUGCGUUACAUAAAUCAAAUGCUCAUGGAAGAAGACAUGGAGAAGAAACCAUGUAUGUUUCACGAUCCAUUGGCUCUACAAGCUGCUGAGAAAUCGUUCUAUGAAGUCAUUGGUGAGACAUACCCUUCUUCUUCUUCUUAUGCUUCUGUUCAAAAUCGUUACAAUGUGGAGAGUCCUGAGGAUAGUCUUAACAGUAAUUUCAGUAGCUAUAGCAAUUGUGGUACCACUACUAGUACUAGUUGUACUAGUGGUAGUAGUUCUGUUGAGUUUGAAUCGUAUUGGAGAAAUUUUGAUGUUUCGGAGUACAAGCCUUCAAUAUUGCAAACCACAUUUCCUUCUGAUUUUGUUUUUCAAGCUAGUUCAAUGAAUGGGACUAGUAGUAGCAAUUUCGGUUUAGCGAAUAAUGGAUUUUUAGUUAGUUCUAAGGAUGGAUUUUCUGAUUCAAAUUUGCUAGGUAAGAGUGAGUCUGUACUGCAAUUUGAGAGGGGUGUGGAGGAAGCUAAUAAGUUUCUUCCUAAAGGGAAUCCCUUGGUUAUUGACAUGGAGAAGAACAACUCUUUUAUCCCUUCUUUUAGGAAGGUUUCUCAGGAGGUAGUUGUUAAGGCGGAGAGUAAUGAAGGGGAACAUUUUUCUGCUGAGGCGAGGGGGAGGAAAAAUCACGAGCGGGGAGAUGAAACGGAUUUACAAGAUGAGAGAAGCAAUAAGCAGUCAGCUGUUUACAUUGAUGACAGUGAGUUAUCAGAGUUAUUUGAUAAGGUGCUGCUGGGCACAGGGUGUGGGAAGGAGGGAGCUCCUAUGUGUGAUAGUAAGGAAGUGAGGCCUAAUGGACUAGACACGAGUUUGCAGCAGAAAGAAGAAGCGAACAGUUCUGGUGGUGGAAAGGGCCGUGGUAAGAAACAAGGUAACAAGAAAGGUGUUGUGGACCUGAGAACAAUGUUGAUUCGUUGUGCACAAUCUGUUUCUUCUGAUGAUCGUGUGACUGCUAAGGAAUUAUUAAAGCAGAUAAGACAACACUCUUCUCCACUUGGUGAUGGAUCUCAGAGGAUGGCUCAUUGCUUUGCAAAUGCCCUUGAGGCUCGCUUGUCUGGCACGGGCACUCAGAUUUAUACUGCUUUAUACUCCAAAAGAAACUCUUCCGCUGACAUGGUGAAAGCUUACCAAAUGUUUAUUUCGGCCUGUCCAUUCAAGAAGCUUGCAAUCAUUUUUGCAAAUCAUACAAUUUUGAAUCUAGCCAAGGAAGUAGAAACUCUUCACAUUGUAGAUUUUGGCAUCCGUUACGGCUUCCAAUGGCCUGCCCUUAUAUAUCGUCUAUCAAAACGGCCUGGUGGGCCUCCUAAGCUGCGCAUGACUGGGAUAGAGCUCCCUCAACCUGGCUUCAGGCCUGCGGAGAGAGUUCAGGAGACAGGGCUUCGCCUGGCAAGAUAUUGUGAACGUUUUAAUGUUCCAUUUGAGUUCAAUGCUAUUGCACAAAAAUGGGAAACCAUCAAAGUGGAGGACUUGAAGAUACAGAAAAAUGAACUUCUUGUUGCGAAUUGUAUAUGUCGGUUUAAAAAUCUACUUGAUGAGACAGUUGUGCUGAAUAGUCCCAGGGAUGCUGUUUUAAAAUUAAUUAGGAAUUCAAAUCCCAAUAUCUUUAUUCAUACUACUGUCAAUGGGAGCUAUAAUGCUCCAUUCUUCGUGACACGGUUCAAGGAGGCUCUUUUCCAUUACUCUACAAUGUUUGAUGUGCUUGACAUCAAUGUUGCUCGUGAAGAUCCAAUGAGGUUGAUGUAUGAGAAAGAGUUCUGUGGGCGGGAGGUAAUGAAUACUAUAGCUUGUGAAGGUUCUGAGAGGGUUGAGAGGCCAGAGACAUACAAGCAAUGGCAGGUUCGGAACAUAAGGGCUGGAUUUAAGCAACUGCCCUUGGAUAAACAUCUCAUUAACAAGUUAAGAUGCAAGUUGAAAGAUGUGUACCAUAGUGAUUUCAUGCUCGUUGAAGAUGGAAACUGCAUGCUGCAAGGUUGGAAGGGCCGAAUAGUUUAUGCUUCCUCCUGUUGGGUACCUGCAUAG